AUGUCCAUGAUAUUGAGAGAUAGAAAACCGUGGAGACUUACUGACGUUCAGGAGAACCUCUCCCACUUUGAUGCUGAACUUGACAGACUAACAUCGAGUUUCUCUUCUAUUCAACUAGGUGAACAGACCAAUGUGGGUCCUGGUGCAGUUGGCCCCUCAACUCCCAAGAGUAAGCUGCUUUUGCCGAUGCGCAAGGUUGCUCCUCUCCCAUGCAAGGCUCCAUUCAAUUCAUGCAGUCGCACACCCCUUCAGUUGGCAAAGCUGUGCAGCAAGGAGCCGGUUGUUUUCCCGAGUGACACUGAAUAUGACUCUGAAAUUGAGGCCACUUCGGCUGUGCAGACUUCGCCCUCUGAGACUCCAACUCUAGCUGCACAGACCCUGCCCUCCAAUUUUCUGAUCACGACCAUCGAGUUAGAUCGCAUCUUAGCUCCUGUCCCCUUAUCAUGCGAAGAGGCAGACGACAGAUUAAAUGAUGAAAAUGGACAUGUAACUGGUGCUUACAAGGAGGAUCCCAGUCUGUCUCAUGUUAUGAUGCCAUCUCUUGGCCCUGUUGUUGAUGCAUUUCUCGAUGCGUUUGGAUUCUCUGCCUCCUUUUGCUUUGAGGUGCAACAUGCCUUUGAGAUCUGUGACAGCAUUGAGGACUUUUCAAUGUACAUGGUAAGAUCAUUUAAUUUCUCUUGUUUAUUGACACUCAACAAACUUGCACAUAAUGUGGCUAGCCGAAGUUUCGAACACAAGCUCUCUCAUGCCUCUGUUGCUGCUAACGCUCUGUUAUCUGACACUCUGCUAUGCCAGAGACAAUCCACAAACAAGCAGCACUCCAUGACCUCGGCUACCUGA